CGCCCCUGAGCAUAUGCAGAGGGCGGGCACGGCUAAAAUUCUGAAUCCUCCGCCUGCGGCCUGUUUUCUCUUUCUUCUCCUUUAUUGUUUAAUGCGACGGGCGGCCGUGAGGGAAUUUGGCGGUUAUGAGAGGUUGAAAGCGGCUUUUCAUUACACUGUUGCCUGUCUGUGCCAGGAAGUUGCUGAAGAUAAAAACAUUCAGUUUAGCAGACAGACCAUUGCAGCUAUUUCCGAGAUCACCUUUAGACAAUGCGAAUUUUUUGCAAAGGACCUUGAAAUGUUUGCCAAGCACGGAAAACGGAGUACAGUUAAUGUUGAAGAUGUGAAACUUUUGGCUCGAAGGAGCAACUCCUUGUUGAAGUAUAUUACUCAGAAGAGUGAUGAGCUUUCUUUGAAUAACCUGGAACAAAAAGAGAGAAAAAAAAAGAAAUCAGCUGCUAAGAAAGGAGGAAGAAAUUCGAAUGAGCUUGAAGAACCUGUGGCAAUCGAGAAUGAAGAUUCCAACAUGGCGUAAAACUCACUUUUGCUGAGGUCAAGAUGGGGAUUUCUCAUGUUCAUUAUGGACCCAGAUCUUCAGUGUCAUAUUGCCUAGAUUACAAUUCUACUUUUUAAAAAAUUUAAAUAAGCACAGUGUAUUUGGAAAAUAAAAGCAAUAAACAUUGGGAAAAGAAAAAUAUACCUGAAUGGGGAAGUUGGAUGAUUGCCGGGAGUGAGUUAUUUAAGAUGAGAAAGAUCCACCUGAAGAAUGAUGAUUGUAUACCUUAUAAAGAGCAAAAGGCGCAUUUAGUUCUCACUGGACAAAAUGUUUGGAAAUCUUAAGAGCAGAUCUUCAGGGCUUUACACUGUACUAAUUUUCCUACGAAGAAAAGUUGGCGGCUAGAAAUUGGACACGUAAUAUCAUCUAUAAGCAGUAAAGCUACAGGCACUGGAGAAAAAUAAGGAAAAAAUACGUAUCUUGUGAUCUUUCCUGCGUUCGCACAGGAAUAGUUCCUGUCCCUUCUUGAAAAUACUUUAGACAUAUUUUUACAUUCAAAUUGUCCUGGAUCAUCCUAAAUAUUUAGUUCAGCGUUGAAAAGCUCAGUUAUUUUGUUCCUCAGCACUAAUACUUGAUUUUUCAUACCAUACUAAGGCACAGUUCUUAAACUGGAUUCUAUUCUAUGACUAUCAUUAAGUGUUGUACCUUAUGAUUCUUGAUGAACGUAUCUUGUCUUUUUAUGUACACUGAGAGCAUACGGACCAAACACAAAUUCCUUCUGUGUCCAAUCAUACUUGGCCAAUAAAGAAUUCUAAUUCUUA